AAGAGAGGGGAGGGCUGUGGAAUUACCACGUAGUUUUCAGCUUCAGUAAGACGCAUUUGACAGUAAUAACUCUUUAUGCGCUUGUAAAAACAUUUUAUUUUCCUGAAAUUUGGUUAAAAGUACUAAUUUAAAUGGCAGCGAGGGUAGGACAGGCCAUGAAUCCGCCGCACGCGACAGAAGAAAGGGCGGUUUUCACGCAGCUGAAGCCGGUGAGGAUGCCGGGAGCGGACAAUGCAGAGGAGGCGUCAGUGUUUGAGGACGUCAAACCUGCGACUCGGCUAGAGUUGGACAAAUACCUCCCCCAGGUCAACAGUCCUCUCUUGUGCAACCUGAUUGACAGUGUUGACAAGAAAUACAGGCGAGACAGCGCCUCUGUGGUCGACGAGUACUUCUCAGAGGACAAAAUGGCUGCCCCGUACAGCCUCAACAUCAACGUCAUCCUUCCCAGCACCACCCACCUCCGCACAGGCCUCUACCGGGCCAACACCAAGACGCUCACGCCACAGCAGAUCAAGACAGAGCCCGGGCUGGAAGUACCCUGCUCCAUCCCCACCACAACCACCCAGGCCCUGCCAGACUUCACCUCUGUCUUCAGUGUGCCGCCUGUAGUCAACAACGUUUUCAUCAAACCAGACAUGACCUCUGGAGGAGUGGUAACAGUGCCUGCAGGGUCCCAGCAGCAGCAGCAGCAGCAGCAGCAGCCAAACUUGGACACAGAGCUUCAAAUUGGGCCCCCGGCCCCUCAUCCGCAGGUCUACCACAUGCCCAUCACCAGCGCUGCUGACCUCACCAUGACUCUGUCCCACACAAGCCCAUCAGCACAGGCCUCCACGAGUGGCAGGACCAUGCUGAACCUCGGCAGCAUUUCAUUGCCCACAACAAACGGCAACUACAUGAUGGCAGAGCACCAACUACAGCAGCACCAUGGCUACUACCAGGCCUCUCCAACCAACUCAUCCCAGCACACAGCACCCCACAGCCUGCCACCCUCACCCCCAAACUCUCAGCCUGGCAGCCCAGAUGGUCAGGCAGAGCUGCUCAGCUUAGCGCCCCAACUUCCGCCUCCAUACCAGCAGCGUCUGGGAGGGAUAAAGGUAACGGGGUUGUCCCCACAUGCCAUGCUGAUGACACAUGGACAGGGUGUCUUGACAGGUCCCAAAUACAACAGACGGAACAACCCAGAGCUGGAGAAGAGGAGGAUCCACUUCUGUGACUAUCCAGGCUGCUCCAAAGUUUACACAAAGAGCUCUCAUCUGAAGGCACACCAAAGGACACACACAGGUGAGAAGCCGUACCGUUGUACGUGGGAGAACUGCGACUGGCGUUUCGCCCGAUCAGAUGAGCUCACCAGACACUACCGAAAACACACCGGAGCCAAACCCUUCAAGUGCGUCGCCUGCAGCCGCUGCUUCUCACGUUCCGAUCACUUGGCCCUGCACAUGAAGCGUCACCAGAAUUAACACAGACAUACCUGUAUAUACAAACCAACACAUACUCACGCAAAUACUGCAGUAUCCACUGAUGACAGCCACCUGAACUUAAUCGCAUUAAUCAUGAACAGAUAGAGUCCCAAAAUCAUCCCUGUGUGUCCAUGUUUACUCCAGCGCUUCGUGCUAACAUAAAUUGAGUGAUAAUAGACAUCUAGAAUGAUCCAAAGUAGGAUUGGUGGUAUUUGGGGGGUUAGUGUGGGAAACCAGUAAUGAUCACAUUCUUGUCGCUGCACCUACUGGCUAGUUAGGGUUCCUGUUUAGUGGAGAGGUCUGAGGGAGAUAGAGUGAGCUCUCUUUACACCUUCUGCAGGCCAACAGGGAGCGCACUCAGCAGUGGGAAUUGGACAGAAAAGGGGAAACUGCAUGAAAAAGAGAAGUUGAAAGCAAGUGUUUGAAUGGUCUGAAGAUUAACGCGUGUGAUGUUGACAUUUAAGUCAAAACAGCCUUGUAUUAUUUAGCGACUCUGUUAACCAAACAGUUUUAUCUCUUAUGAAAACAGGGAAAGUAGUUGCAGGCAAUGGACAUGUCAAUGUAAGCUCAAUUUUAGCAUGCAAUUUUUCGGAGAUAUAAUACUCGUCGUCUGUUAUCAGUCAACACAGUGUUUUGCUGAAACGCCAGAGCUAAUGAUCUACCAGGGAUGAUUUUGGUAUCUGUUCUCAUCACUGAACAGAUAAAGUAUGUCGAUUUAAAACAUACACUGAUCCAACUCUUAGAAAAUCGCAAUACGUACACACUCAUCUGGCACGUAUUACUUACUGCAGAUUUACAGUCGUCAGAACUAUAGCAUCAGCCUCCGUAGAAGCUUUUGGAACAACCUGGAAACACUUUUUUCCUGUAAUCAACAACACAAACUAUUUGUUUUCCUACAAACCUGCUGCCACCUUCUUCAUCAGCAUCAUCACUGUCUUAUCUUAACUUUUACCAUUUUGAGGUAUGAACUUUUAAGGAGAGGGGGAAAUGUAUUCCCCUCCAGCCUGCCUUUGUAAAUACUUGUUUAUAUGUGUGCAUAUGUGUGUUUGAGAAUUCAAUGAAUGUAUUGAGAUUUAUACUUGACAACCUUUUUUUUUUACAUCAGAUGUUAAUAUUAGUAAUAUUCCAUGUUGAAACUUACCCCGGAUGUAAUCUCCCUUUAAGGGCAUAAAAAAAAAAAAAAAGGAGACAAAGAAUCAACGAUCAGAGAACUCUCCACGGAAAAGUAAAUAAUCGCCCAGUUAUGCUUGUUUCAGCACAGGUAAUACCUGUCGAGUUCAGAGAGCAGAGCGAUUUGCCAAUGUUUGUAUCCAUGACACGACCUGUUGCUGUGGCAACCAAGCUCCUCUGACGACAGUUUGCGGUUUGCUUGCAGUUUUAUUCAGCGUCGUUUUUUUCCCCCCUUUUUUUCUUCUGUAUUUGUUCAACACUUCAGCUGGAGAAGGACUGAUGGGUGGAUAGACCUGUUAUGUUAUCAUUUCUGAUUGUUUUAAUGUACAGUGCAGCUGGUACAUUAAACUCUUAAGGAUUGCAGAGUCAGUCCUGUUACCUGGACAAACGACACGUUAACAUUGAUUGGGUGACAUUAACAAUCAGUUGUGGCUCCUGCAUUCUUCUGGGGUUUUAAAAAAAGAGUCUCAUCUGCCAGCUCGGGAUGUCCACACAUUUUUGUGCAGUGUUGUAGCUUGUACGCUUGCCAACAAAGGGAAUUACAAGAGGGGAAAAGAUGUUGCAUAGAGUUUGAUUCCAUUACCUGAAAGUCAAUGUCACCAUCGUUAACAUUGAAAGUUAAAACAAAAGAAAUCCAACUUCUAGCAUUGUGCACUAUUCACAUUUGAACUGCUAAUGGUGCCAUCACCACAAACAGUACCUUUUUUUUUUUAGGUAUUUUACUCUUUUUAUAGGCUAGUACAUGUGCCCUAAAAACAUAGGCACAGACAGACAGACAGACAGUUUAAAGACAUUUAAUUUGUAGAUUGAAACGUUUCCAGUAUGAGGUUACUCGUUAUACUGAGUUACAUUCCUUACUCUACUCUUAAAGAAGCCCAUGCAAACUUGACAGUAACUGAAAAUUCACUGUCUUCCAGUAGAGCUUGUAUAGUGAUAAAUGACAUGUAGUCUGCAAAAAUACAAAAAUCACUUUGAGUUUUGAUUGCAUGUGUCUCCACCAUUAAGAGGCAGUGGAAUACUUCAUCUACAUGGCUGCAUUGAUAUUUGGUUGUUAGCUGUUUACUAUAUCAGUUAUCAGUUAGCACUUUGCUUCGUCACACAAUCAAGUACACAUUUACGUACAGAUAUAUGUGUCAAGGAACAAAACCUUGUGUCGUAGUAAUGUCAUGUCUAGAGAUGUGUAGUAGCCCUAAUAGACCUAAAGAGCAGAAAAUGUUUCAUUGAUCUUUAUUUCAUGCUGACACCUGUUUACCUUCACCACCCAUUGGCAAUGAAAAGGAAUGUAAGAGCAGCAGCACUUUACACCUGCAGACGCUGACAUGUAAACAUCACCACCUACCUACAAACAAAGUAAUAGGUCCUGCAGUUGCACCACCUGCAGGCAAUGAAUGGUAAUGGUGAAUUUUAUCAAGAGUUUUUUUUUGUUUUUGUUUUUUUUAUGAAUUUAUGCUUCAUAUUCAAACAUCCAUCAUUUAAAAUGAAGCUGUAAGAAAAGUGCACUGUCUGUCAACAUUCACCUUUCCAAAGUUACUAUUCCCAUUAUAAACAAUAUGUAAACUAUAUUAAUAGCAUCCACAGUUAUGGAUCAAAGACAGAAUUUGCCAAGUUUCUUAUUGGCAAAUUGUAGUAACUGCAGUUGUUCUUACUGCAGUUGUAACACAUUUUGCCUACAGGUUGUUCAAAUCACCAUGUCUACAUUUGUAGUUUUGAAUUGCUGCUGCUAUUGGUUUCUUUGCCUGAAGGUGGCGCAGAUUGGACCAGAACUGAAUCUGAAAUUUCUGGCUCUGCCACUCUGCAGCUGGAUGAUCUUAUCUGGAUUGUUUUCAGUUGUUGCAUCUUUGCCCUUUUAAAAACAACAAGCUUUACGAGCAGAUACAAAGACUUGGCAUUUCUUUAAAGUAAACAGGUUGGUGAUGGCAGAACAGACAGUCACAGGAACAUUUUUUAAAAUCAGUUUGAUUUAUUUUAUUGUCUUUGCAACCUGACUCUCUUUGUAUUGUCCUGAGGCUGCAGGCUCCACCCACCUGCUACGCCAUAAAAACAAGCACUGCAGCAUUGAUUGACACACGUCUGUCCCAACAUGUGUUCAUUUAGAGGAAACACAUCCUGGUAUUUCAACACUAUGAUUGUUUGAUUUUUUUUUUAGAGUUUCUUCCCAAGGAAUCAAGUUCUCCUGCUUCUCUCAAGGAGGGAGCGCUGACCACCCACUGUGUACAUAACUGUAGUUUUAGUUUCAACAGAAGACUUUGUAAAUAUUUGUUUGGUUUCCCUGUUAUAAUAUUAAUAUUUUUUUCUUUUUUAACUAAUGGGAUUUUAGAUUGGUUGUAUGUGAACGUUUGUUUAAUUUUGUUUUGAUACUAAAUGUGUGUGUAAGAGAAUUUAUCAGUUAAUGUACAAAUUGAUAAGAACAACUUUUUUUCAGUUUGUGUGUUUGUGCAGAUGCUGCAAUGAAAUAAAAAGAUUCAUAAAAUAA